AGACUGCGUGGUCGGUAGUAGUGGCUUUCAGUAGGCCUUUAACUGUUAGUGUGCUAACGUUAGCAUGCUCGCAAGCUAACUUAAGCGUGCUAACUUUUUUUAAAUCUAAUUUUACACUUUUUUUCUCUAUUUCCGCAGCCAUACACCUCACAGCCGUGUUACUUGAAAUGUGAGACAUGCUAACUGUUAGCAUGCUAACGUUUUAGGCUAAUUCUGUAGCUUUUUUUUGUACGAUUUCACCUAAAACUCACAUAUUCUGACACUCGGCACCAUCUUAAAAGCACGGCGGCUUCCGGCGACCCCCGGCCAGAGGUCCAGGGCACAGAUAGCAGGCCCAUCAACAUGUUCUAGUUGAUGUUAUUAUUGUAUGAUUUGGAGUGCUUGAGCAUUUGGGACCAUAUAGUUAUAUAUUUAUUGUACGUAUAUUGCGCAAUAGAACCGAUGUUGUAAUAGCGCUAGGGAGCAAAACGCUUACUAUUACUAGCGCUGAUGAGUUGUUUGUAAACAACAACACUUCAUGUUGGAGUUUCACAACAACAGCUGAGUAGUGGCAUUUUAAAGUGCAUGCAGAGGUAUAUAAAUAACAUUAGGAGGUUGCCUACAGCCACAGCGAGACCGUUUUUUGGCAUUUACGAUAUGUAGGAAUAGUAACAGCUUGGAGGCCUUGCUGCAAAAAGUGUUUCGUGGAACUUUCUACCUUGUUUUUCCAGUCUCUUGUACAAAAGUUGAUUGCAAUAAAUAAUAGAUGGCGAGAAAUGGUGGCGGUGUUUUGUCGGGCUCCUAACAGGUGCACGCCAGCACAAACAUGUCGCCAGGUCUCAUGCUGCUUGAAUCCUCGCAGCGACACGAGGCCCCUCGGAGCACUCAGGCGCCUCCAUUAGCGGCGUUUUGCGUCCCAUUAGUGUGUCACACCUGCAGAGAGGGGAUUGUAAUCCUGACGGCGGCACCUAUAAAAACCCCCCAAAAAACCCCGCCCUCCGCUUGAUGCUAACAAGGCUAAUACGGAGGUGAGUGGAGUCCAGUUGCUGUUUGUGUUGGUGAUGGUUUUCAUCAGCGCUUCUCUCUCCGCAGUUUAGAUGGAUCGAGCGCUAAUGCACGUGUUGUUGUUGGCCUUGCUGCUGCAGGGCGCCCUGGCCCAGCACUGGUCCUACGGCUGGCUACCGGGCGGGAAGAGGAGCGUGGGGGAGCUGGAGGCAACCAUCAGGAUGAUGGGUACAGGGGGUGUGGUGUCCCUACCAGAAGAGGCGAGUGCCCAAACCCAUGAGAGACGUCGACCAUACAAUGUCAUUGACGACGAUUCCAGUCAUUUUGAGCGAAAGAAAAGGUUCCCUUAUAAGUGAGGCGCUGAAGGGGGAAUAAGAAUUUACAUGAUUAUCGACAGCCGUGAUGGAUCCCCCCCGAGGGCCUCCCCGCGAAUUAACACAUUUAUUGCACCAAUGUCAUUUAUAGACUUGUCUGUAGCCUUUC